AUGAUCUAUUCUCGUUUUCGAACGAAUGGCCAGGUUACGAUGAAGUCCACCUGCCUGUUCAUUCUGGCAUCUCUGGCAGUCUGCAACCUGACGUUGGCUCGAGGACAGAGCAUCCCCGCUGAGGAGAAGACUGGGGACCCGCAGAUAGACGAUAUCAUCCUACAGAGAGCCGAGAGCCUCCUGCUCAGCUCCAUUCUAAAAAUGAUAGAGGAUGAGGAUGGCGUGAAUGGUGCGUAAUAGUUGCUUUUGGAUCGAUUUUGUGUUUUUGUCAAACUGGCCGAGUUUGACACGAGACCAGUGGUGUUUUACAUUGAAUUGCAAAGAAUUUAACACAAUUGAACACAUGCAUUCUAGUUAUGCCUUUGUAUGCCUGUUUUAAAGUAACUUAGUUGCACGAAAGACACAUUUCGAUUAGUUUCAGAAAGACCAGAUUAACUCAAUAAUUUCGAUUGUAUGUUUUUUUUAUUAAUAAAUAACCUAACAUUUCCAAGAUCUUUCAUUCAUGUUUUGUGCAACAUUUACGUUAAUAAAUUAAUAGAUCGUGUUAUUUGUUAGGAUACAAAUCUAUUUGGAGAGGGCAACCGGCAAAGCGCACGUAAAACGCAUCCAAUAUUUUCCAGUAGUUAAUCCUGGCACCAAAGUACAUAUGCCUAUAUUUUAAUGGGGGAAGAAUGAAAACAGAAAACAUGUUUUGCAUGGAAUAAAUAUGUUUGACAUAACCUAACUUUUACAAGUAAGUGCUAUCAAAACGUUGUAUGUUCAAUUGUUAAUACAUGUACACAUGGCAUAACAAGUGGCGGUAUAUUUAUAUUUUCCCCUGUCACUAAACUAAUCAGGUUUUAAUUUUACAGAGGCAUUGUCCUCUCCGCCAGAGUGGCUAGUGAAGCGGCAACACCCUGGUAAGAGGUACCAGGAGGAGCUGGAGAAAAGGCAACACCCUGGUAAACGAGAGGAGGCCGAGGACGAAGACUAUGGGGAGGUCCAGAAAAGACAGCACCCGGGAAAACGCGAAGACGAAAUUGACUCUUUUGUGGAGCUUCAGAAAAGGCAGCAUCCAGGCAAACGCUCAAUGCUGGAGCAGAUUACAGAGAACUCCGCAUUUCUAAGUGAACUCUCCAAACGUCAGCACCCGGGCAAGCGCUACCUGAUGAUGUACAGCAAGCGCCAGCAUCCUGGCAAGCGAGAUGUGGACGACGAGUCAGACGCAGGGGACCUCCAGGAGUUGGAGAAGCGCCAACACCCCGGCAAACGUUACUGGGAUAACAUGAGCCCGGAUUUGGGCGCCAACAAUCCCUGUGACGUGCUGGACCCUGGCUGCAGAAAGGCCAACCUAUUACUCGAGCUAUUAGACAACGUGAACAAGAGUCGCGCGGAGGAGAAGAGACAGCACCCGGGCAAAAGGUCUGCACCUGAGGAGGAUUUGACUGAACAGGAGUGA